UGAGCCCCUGCACCUCCCCACGGGUGCCCCAGGCCGUCCCCAUGGACCUGAGGAUCGGGCAGCGCGUGGUCAAGCCCGGCUCGGACACGGCCCUGCUGGCCCUCAAGCACACCCAGCAGCUCCAGCACCAGCUCUUCCUGGCCAGCCUUCACCAGCAGCAAGUGGAGCAGCUCGCCCACCAGCACGUCAGGGUGGCCAUGGAGUCCCCGCACCACGAGGCUGAGCCGGGGCAGCAGGAGCAGGAGCUGAGGCAGAUCCUCAACAAGGACAAGAGCAAGAGAAGUGCCGUGGCCAGCACGGUGGUGAAGCAGAAGCUGGCCGAGGUCAUCCUCAAGAAGCAACAGGCGGCCCUGGAGAGGAGCAGCAACCCCAACCCCCCAGCCCUGCCCUACAGGUCUCUGGAGCCUCUGGACCCCGAGGGGCCCCCCCCUGCCGUGCUCAGCACCUUCCUGCCCCCCGUCCCCAGCGCCCCCCUGGACCCCCCGGAGCAUUUUCCUCUGCGGAAAACAGCGUCUGAGCCCAACCUGAAGGUGCGGUGCAAGCCCAGGAAGUGCCUGGACCGGCGCAAGAACCCCCUGACCCGCAAGGAGAGCGCUCCCCCCUCGCUCAAGAGGCGCCCACCUGACGCCCUCGACUCGUCCCCCAGCAGCAGCAGCACCCCCGUGUCGGGGUGCAGCUCCCCCAACGACAGCCUCCCCUCGGAGCACGGAGCCCUUCCCAGCGCCUCGGGAAUGGCCCACGAGCCCCCCCUGGCCCAGCGGCUGAUGAUGCAGGAGAGCUCCCUGGCCCAGCUGGCCCUGCAGAGCGCGGCCUCCCUGCCAGCCAUCACCCUGGGGCUGCCAGCCACCUCCAGCGCCAGGGGCGAUGGGGACCGCCGGCCCCUGCCCAGCCUGGCUCACCGUGUGCCGGUGCUGAACGGGCCGGUGCUGCCGGGCAGCCACUCGCCCGUGUUCCUCCCCGCCGGGCUGGAGCAGCACGAGCCCCUGUCCCCCCGGCUGCAGCCCCUCAUCAUCCUCGAGCCCUCGGUCACGCACGCCCCGCUGGUGGCAGUGCCAGGCCUGGGCACGGUGCCCUUCCCCUUCGGCCCCUCCCUCAUCCCCGCGGAGCGGCUGGCGCUGCCCGGGCACCACAAACCCCUGGGCAGGACCCGCUCGGAGCCGCUGCCCCAGAACCCCAAGGCCAUCCAGCAGCACCUGGUGUACCAGCAGCACCACACCCAGUUCCUGGAGAGGCUCAAGCAGCAAACACACCUGGGCAAGCGCAUGGCCAAGCCGAGCGAGAAGCCCCGGCUGCGGCAGAUCCCGUCCUCGGAGGACAUGGAGGCCGAGGGGACCCUCCCCGAGGCUGCCCCGGAGGGCUCUGACCCCGCCAGGACACGCGUGGAGCCCCCCAGGCUGGGCAGCAGCGGGAAGGAGCCCGAGAGGACGCAGAAGGUGCUGCAGCCUCAGGACGAGCUGGUCCUGCAGCAGGCCUAUCUAUGGGAUUCCUACCAGCGGGUGCAGCAGCAGCUCCUCAAGCGCCAGCCCUUGGACCCCCCCGUGGUCCCCACGGGGCACAGACCCCUCUCCAGGGCACAGUCGUCCCCUGCCACUGCCAGCGUGUCCCUCCCCACCCAGGACACCCCCAAGGGCCUGGCCCUGCCCGUGCAGGAGCAGCCAGCAAAGCCACACUUCACCACAGGGCUGGUGUACGACUCGGUGAUGCUGAAGCACCAGUGCUCCUGUGGGGACAACAGCAACCACCCCGAGCACGCCGGGAGGAUCCAGAGCAUCUGGUCCCGCCUGCAGGAGCGGGGGCUGCGCGGCCGCUGCGAGUGCCUGAGGGGCCGCAAGGCCACCCUGGAGGAGCUGCAGUGCGUGCACAGCGAGCGCCACGUGUUCCUCUACGGCACCAACCCCCUCAACCGCCUCAAACUGGACAAUGGGAAGCUGGCAGGGAUCCUGUCCCAGCGGAUGUUUGUGAUGCUGCCCUGUGGAGGGGUGGGGGUAAGUUUUGGCUACAUGACGAAGCAGCUGAUGAGCCUGGCGGGGGGGGCCGUGGUCCUGGCCCUGGAGGGGGGGCACGACCUCACUGCCAUCUGCGACGCCUCCGAGGCCUGCGUGUCCGCCCUGCUGGGCAACGAGCUGGAUCCCCUUCCCGAGGAGAGCCUGAGGCAGAAGCCCAACCCCAACGCCGUGCGCUCCCUGGAAACCGUGAUCCAGGUCCAGAGCAGGUACUGGGUUGCCCUGCACCGUUUCGCCUCCAAGCUCGGCUGCUCCUUCCUGGAGGCCCAGCGGGACCACGAGGCCGAUGAGGUGGAGACGGUGACGGCGUUGGCCUCGCUCUCCGUGGCCGUCAUGGUGGAGAAGAGGGCGCCCGAGGAGCCGAUGGAGGAGGAGGAGCCCAUGGCCCAGUGACAGUGGGGACCAUCCCCUGCCCCAGGACCUGCCCUUCCCUCCUGC